AGGACUUUCCCGUCCCUCGCUUGACCGCAGUAGACAAUGUCGACACUGCUAUUUGGAGCGUUGCUAAUUGGGGCGUUUGCAAUCAUGGUGAUGCUGCAAGGGGACCCCCUCUCUGACUAUCGCCGUCUAUUUCUAACAUCGUCGGCCGGCGUAAGGGAUGAAGACACGUUCUUCGUCACAUUCUUCGGGGUCUCAUCUUUGCUCUUUACAAGCGGAAAUAGCUCUAUCCUUACCGACGGCUACUUUUCGCGGCCCGGAAAGCAGAAGCUCUUCCUCAGCAAAAUAGCCCCUAACCCCACCGUCAUCAAAGAGUGCUUGGACCGCGUCGAUAUGGCCAAGAAAGGGCUUGAGGCCGUUGUCGCCAUGCAUUCCCACUUUGACCACGCCAUGGACUCACCUGAAAUCUGUCGUUUGACUGGAGCAAAGCUCGUGGGAUCUUCAACGACAGCAUUCAUAGGACGUGGCUGGAAUCUCUCUGAAUCUCAGAUUCAGACAAUUACUGACGAUGACGAGGUCGUUCGGUUUGACAACCCCGAUGGAAGCGCAUGGGAGCUCUUAUUCGUAAGAACUGAGCACAUUGAGCUACCGUCUCUUCUUGGAUUCAUUGCAGGCAAUGAGUCACCCAUUCUUACCGACCCUCUCGUACCGCCAGUUAGAAUGGGAGCAUAUCCAGUUGGUGACUGCUACUCUCUGUAUAUCACUCGCAUUUUUAAGAAUGGGACGAAGCGAACUAUACUUGUGCAAGGGUCGGCUGGAUAUGUUCCAAAUCUACUGAGUCGCCCCCAUCUGCCAAAAGUAGACGUGGUUUUCCUGGGAGUCGGAGGGCUCGGGAAAAAACCUGUAGAGUAUCAAGAGGGGUAUUGGCGCGAAGUGGUAGAAGCCACAGGCGCGAAACUGGUUAUCCCCGUCCACUGGGAUGACUUUACCCGUCCUUUGACAAAGCCUCUUCAACCGCCAAGCCGCUUGCUAGAUCGGUUCGAUCGAACAAUGACAUUUCUAGAAGAGAAAGCAAACUCUACCGGAGUGAAGAUACGGCUAAUGGACAGUUGGGUGAAGGUCGCCCUUUUUGAUGAGGUGGAUUCUAUCCUGUCUAGAAAGGAUAUGUAGCUGAUAUAGGUCUUCCCCGCUUCAUGCAGUUGUGAAUAGCUAAUGGUAGGCGUAGAUUGGCUGAUGUCCAAGUAUCCAGUGAGCACCUUUAGUUACAUUUGUAUUUUCUGCUACUCUAAUAAUAUUAAUGUGCUUUUAUGCUAUAUGCUGGAGCCAGACAGCG